AAUGCAGCGGGAUUUAGGAAGCUUUCCGUUGUCUCCAGGUGUGCGGGUGAAACUGGUGUCUGCAGGUUUCCAGACUGCUGAGGAGCUCCUGGAGGUGAAACCCUCCGAGCUCAGCAAAGAAGUUGGGAUUUCUAAAGAACAAGCCUUGGAAACACUGCAAAUUAUAAGAAGAGAACGUCUCACAAAUAUACCAAGAUGUGCUGGUCCAUCUGAGUCAGGCAAGCAGUGUACAGCACUGGAGCUUCUCGAACAGGAGCAUACCCAGGGCUUCAUAAUUACCUUCUGUUCAGCACUUGAUAAUAUUCUUGGGGGUGGAAUACCCUUAACCAAAACAACAGAAAUUUGUGGUGCACCAGGUGUUGGAAAAACACAAUUAUGUAUGCAGUUGGCAGUAGAUGUGCAGAUACCAGAAUGCUUUGGAGGAGUGGCAGGUGAAGCAGUUUUUAUUGACACAGAGGGAAGUUUUAUGGUUGAUAGAGUGGUAGACCUUGCUACUGCCUGCAUUCAGCACCUUCAGCUUAUAGCAGGAACACACAAAGAAAAGG